UCAGUAGUCAUAGUAAUGGCGAACGCCGUGUUGUGUUUACGUUGUGAAUCCCGCUCAAUGGACACGCCCAGACUCAUGGAUUUAUGAACUUUCUCCGAUCAUAUUACACUCAAUUAUAACUCAUAACCCCAGUAAUUAUGGCGAGAUUCAAGUCCAGCUCUGUUCGGAUUGCUGCAAACGUAUUCGCCGCGUUUUGUUUUGUUUCCAUAUUCAUAGCUUUUGUGACACCGUACUGGUUGAUGUCAGAUCGCAGGUACUAUGGAGCAGUAUUCGUAAGAUUAGGUCUCUGGGAAACAUGUUUCCGUAGUUUCCAUGAUCCGAGUGAUUUGGCAAUGCGAAAAUAUUACGCUGGAUGCAGAUGGAUUUUAACUGAUGAAUAUCAGAAGCUGAGAGGUUUUAUAGAACAGCCUUUCUUCAUAGCUGUGCAAGUGUUCUUCACUUUUGGUUUUACUGCACUGCUCGUCAGCUGCAUUUUGAUUCUGGCUGCCCAUCUCUGCAUGAGUCCCGAAAAAGAUGCCAUGGUGGUCAGGAUCAUCGCCUUCCUCACAAUGUUUGCGGCUAUUUGUUGCACAAUAGCAGUCAUAGUGUUUGGUGUUCAUGGUGACGGUCGAGAUUGGAUGCCCGAUCCAGAUCAUAACUACUUGUCAUGGUCCUUUGCUCUAGGUGUAGUGGGUGCCUUCUUCAUUUACAUUGCAUCUAUUUUAUUCUUCAUCGAAGCCAGCAAAGCAAAGAAGAGGGAAGAUGCUAUCAACCAUCACGUUUCAUACCACAUGGAGCAAACACACACUAAAGUUUGAUUUUUAGUGUCACGUAGGACAGUGUAUAAGAAUUAUUAAAUUGUUAAGAAACUUUCAGAUGCUAUGGAUAAAUGUUUGAGGGAUAGAACCUCUUCAAACACUGGUUAUAACAUGCUUGCUACAAUUUUAUGAAAUAGUUUCAUAAUUAGUAGCAUUGAGUUAAUCUUAUCUUAAUUUGACCUUAGGCAGUAUUAAAAUUAUUUUGGUUUUGUCAUUAUGUGUUUGAGUCAAAUUGCCAUCCUUGUACUGCCAGCUAACUAAUGACAAGCACUUUUAAAUAGGAAAGCACAUAUUUUUUAAAGGUCAAAUUCUAACUUUAUUUUACCUCAACUCAGACGGAAUAAAACAUAUUAAAAGGAAAAAGUCAUUUUAAAGGGGGACUAGAAUCAAAUUUAUCAAUUGCAGUCCGUCUGUUAAAAUUUGACGAAUAGUAGAAAUGAGUCUGUUGUUCAGAUUAAUAGUGUGUUUUAAUUCCGUCCACAAUGAAACACAUAUUCCGUCCACAUUGGUGCAGAAGAAAACUUUUUUUUAACUAAUAAAAAAUUAUACAGGACAUUUAAAUGGAAAAAAAAAAUGUUCACUUGGUCACUAUUACCACUUAUUACUUGGUCAAUUACUAGCAAAUCACCCAUCAAGGUAUGACAGGUGAACAUUGCUCCUUUAUUUGAAGGAAGCAAUUGCCUGUUUGGUGAUAUUUUAAUAGUUGAAAUUUUUACUGUAACUCCAGUGGAUUAACCCUAAACUACAGUAGAUAACGUUCAUUAUUGACCACUUUCUCGUUCCUUCAUUUUCCUAAAGUGACAAUUAAAACAGUUAAGUUACUGGAUCCAGUUCAGCCUUGUCAAAAUAAAGCAUUUCCCUGCAUGUCAAACAUUACCAAAAAAUAUCAAAUUAUCAUGCUGUGGUGAGAGUUUCAUUGUUGAUGACGUCACUAUUAUAUACAUAUGAGGAUAGUGUUGUAUACACGAUUUGUUAAAUUAAUUUAUUUAAAUAAGUCUAAAUUAAUUUUCUGGAAACAAUUUUGGCAGUAAAGAUUCAACUGCAUAAAUAUUAUUCGAGCCUAGAUUACAUGCAAUUGCAUUUGCUUAUUUUUUCAUCUUUUGCAUUAGUGCAUAUAAAUGCAUAAAAACAACAAAUUUUUUAAAUAAAUGCAUACGAGUGUUGCUGAGUUUUUCACUUUUAAAAACUUAAAUAGUUAAAAACAAUUAUUUUAUUCUUCAGGAAGAAAAAAUAAUAAUAAAGGAGGGGGGGGGGACACAUAGAAUGUCAUUUAGUAAAUAUUCGUCAAAGACACAGUUAGGUUAUAUUUUAAAAUGUUUAACACUAUGCUUUCUAAGAAAAUCUAACUUUAAAAAUACUAGUUUUAUCUCUACAAGAUCAAUUUUCCCGUUUUAUGCAGGAGAAAACUUUUUUUUUUCCGCUGCCUCAAAAUUUCCGAAAAUUUUACUUCUCAAUGUAUAAUUACAAAUAUGAAUUUAGUAAUUAGUAUUUGAUUAAAUAUUUUUUUAGACAAAAAAUUGCAAAAAGACUUUUGUACGAUUUUAUCAUACAUUUUUAGCUACUGAGUUAUUUUACAAUAAAUAAUCAAACUAUUUUUUAGCUAUUUUUGUUAUUGUGAUUUAAUGCAUACAUAUUUAUGAGCAUUUUUUACUCUAGAAAUCAUUUAUUCUAUUGGUGAUAAUGACAUUCCGUCCUUUACCAUGUUUCUUGAAUCUCAUGUAAUGUAUUUUUGUAAAUUGUUAUACAAAAAGUUUAUAUCUUGUCCUAAAAAUGCAUUUUUUACAUGAUAUUUUUUAAACCAACAGUAAUAUGUUAUACAUGAUGUUAUUGAAUUACAUUUCUAUUUAUUGUACUUUAAUUCUUUUAUUUUUAUUUCUUCUUAAGGUGUUGGUUAUGACAUUACUUUGGGGAGAAUAUUUUGAAUGUAUAUUUGUGUUCAUUUAUGCUGAUGAACCCUUUUACUUUUGUGUUAAUUUUUCCUUCUUUUAUCUUGUUUUUCUUAGGUACAGAUGUUGAAACAAAACGUUUUUAUUUGUACAUAAUAAAAAUUUUCUAUAGUA